CCGCAGGUGGAGGCGUCCGCGCUCACGGGGCAGGGCGUCGCCGGGGCGUUCUACGCGCUGCUGGAGGCGGUCCUCGAGGCCGAGGAGGAGGCCGAGGCCGAGCGCCUGGCCGCGGGCGGGGCCUGGCCGGCGACAGGCGCCGGGCCGCUCGCGCGGGGCAGGGCAGAGGAGGGCGCCCCGACGCUGACGGACCCCUGCGGCCUGUCCCCCCGCGAGCCGCCCCCGGUCGCGCCUGCGCAGCCGGAGCUCGUGGAGGUAUUCGACGGGCCCCUCGCCGAGUCGCCGUACGGCGUGCGCGGGGCCGCAGAGUGCCUGCAGCGAGGCCUGUGGCACCGCGCCGUGCACGUGUGGCUGCUGGACGCCCGCACGGGCGGCCUGCUGCUGCGGCGGCACUCGAGGCAGAGCUCGCGGAACCCGGGCCGCUGGGGGCCCUCCUGCCACGACAGCGUGCGUUGCUGCGCGCCCAUCCCGCGGGGCCAGCCGCCAGGGCCCAGCGCCGCCGCCGAGUCCUCGCGCGGCGCGGCCGCCCGGGCCCUGCGGGAGCAGCUGGGGCUGGGCCCGGAGCCGCGCGGGGCGCUGGAGCUGUGCUUCCGCUGCCCCAGCCAGGCGGCGUGCGGCGACGGCGGGACCUGCCGAGAGCUCCUGGACGUGUGGGUGCUGCGCGCGGAGCACGCCGGGGGCCUGCUGCUGAGCCUGCGGGGCGACGAGGAGGCCGAGUGGGUCCACUUCCUGGACGUCUUCGGCCCCGCCGGCAGGGCCGCUGAAAACCUCUUCCACAUGGAGCCAGCCUACGCCGACGCGGCCGUGCAGCGGCUGCGCGCGCGCGUCCUGCAGGCGGGGCAGGCCGAGGCGUGA